AUGAAGCAGAGCUGGGGACCAGGGCUGCUCAUCCUGGAAGUGGUAGUCCUCAUAGGGGCUCUGGGCAUCAAUGUGGGGCCUGGACUUCCUUUUUGGGCCUGGGAUGAGGGCAGCACAGAGGCCUGCUGUCAGCCUGACCCACCCCUCUCCACAGCCUGUGGGCAGGCUGGCCCUGGCCCCCCUGAGCCUCAGGAGGGCAACACAGUGCCUGGUGAGUGGCCGUGGCAGGCCAGUGUGAGGCGGCAAGGGCUCCACGUCUGCAGCGGCUCCCUGGUAGCAGAUACCUGGGUCCUCACUGCUGCCCACUGCUUUGAAAAGGCGGCAGCGACAGAACUGGACUCCUGGUCAGUCGUCCUGGGUUCUCUGCAGCAGCAGGGGCUGAGUCCAGGGGCUGAGGAGGUGGGCGUGGCUGAGCUGCAAUUGCCCAGGGCCUACACCCAUUACAGCCAGGGCUCGGACCUGGCCCUGGUGCGGCUCACCCACCCCACAGCCCACACACCCCUCUGCCUACCUCAACCGACCCAUCACUUCCCCUUUGGAAACUCUUGCUGGGCCACUGGCUGGGACCAAGGCACCAAUGAUACUCCCAGGACCCUGCGGAAUUUGCGCCUGCGUCUCAUCAGCCGCCCAACGUGUAACUGUCUCUACAACCGGCUGCACCAGCGGCCACUGGCCAGCCCAGCCCGGCCCGGCAUGCUGUGUGCGGGUGCCCAGCCUGGGGUGCAAGGGCCCUGUCAGGGGGACUCCGGGGGCCCUGUGCUAUGCCGAGAGCCCGAUGGACACUGGGUCCAGGCUGGAAUCAUCAGUUUCGCAUCAAGCUGUGCCCAGGAGGACACUCCGGUGCUGCUGACUGACGUGGCUGCCUACAGCUCCUGGCUGCAGGCUCGAGCUCAGGGUGCAGCCUUCCUGGCCCAGAGCACAGAGACCCCAGAGAUCAGUGAUGAGGACAGCUGUAUAGCCUGUGGGUCUCUGAGGAGAGAAGGCCCACAGGCAGGAGCCCCCUCCCCAUGGCCCUGGGACGCUAGGCUGAAGUACCAAGGGAACCUGGCCUGUGGCGGAGCGCUGGUGUCAGAGGAGGUGGUGCUGACUGCUGCCCACUGCUUCAUCGGGCGCCAGAGCCCAGAGGAAUGGAGUGUAGGGUUGGGGGAUGGACCAGAGGAGCGUGGCCUGAAGCAGCUCAUCCUACAUGGGGCCUAUACCCACCCAGAGGGGGGCCAUGAUGUGGCCCUCUUGUUGCUGGCCCAACCUGUGACACUGGGCCCCAGCCUUCGGCCCCUCUGCCUGCCCUACGCUGACCACCACCUGCCUGAUGGGAAACGUGGCUGGGUCCUGGGGCUGUCCCACCAAGAAACAGGCAUCAGCUCCCUCCAGACAGUACCUGUGACCCUCCUGGGGCUCAGGGCUUGUAGCCGGCUGCAUGCAGCCCCUGGGGGCGACGGCAUCCCCAUUCUGCCAGGGAUGGUGUGUAGCAGUGCUGUGGGAGAGCUGCCCCGCUGUGAGGGCCUGUCUGGGGCACCACUGGUGCAUGAAGUGAGGGGUAUGUGGUUCCUGGCUGGGCUACACAGCUUUGGAGAUGCUUGCCAAGGUCCUGCCAGACCUGCAGUCUUCACGGCACUCCCGGCCUAUGAGGACUGGAUCAGCAGUUUGGACUGGCAGGUCUACUUCGCUGAGCCGGAGCCGGAGCCUGAGGCCGAGACUGGAAGCUGCCCAGCCGACAUGAGCCAACCCAGCAGCUGUUGACUGGUGGCUUUGGGCCGACUGCAGAUUGCCACAAACACAAUGAGGCAAUUCCUGCUUCACUGCCUCUGCCCUCCCCAUGCCUCCCACCCAAGUGCGAUUCCAGGCUCUGAGGCAGACCCAACAACCCAGGGGCUCUCAGACGGGACCUGCCCAGGACAGGCAACUGCCCCUACUCCCCACCCUGCCCAAGCCUCUGCUGACCAUCAGCCCCUGCAGGACAGGGAGAUGAUGCCUGUGGGUGCUUCCCACAACCAGCUCUGCUGACUUGGGUGCCCACCACCAGCAUUCCCUAUCCUACAUCCCCUUCGACAUAAUCACAACAGCCAAGUGUUUUGAAAAUUUCCUUUUUUUUUGGGGGGGGGGGAG